ACUCACCAUAAAGCUUUUUUCGAAAAGGAAGGCAAAGCCUCCCUCGCCAUAUAGUUCUUGCUAGUUCACUUGACUGUGUUGAUCAAGAGUGCAGGAUGGACUGGAAACCAACGGUGAUGAUGAUGGCGGUGGUGAUCAUGUAUGCGGUGUUGAAUGUGCUGACGAAGAUGGUUUUCAAUGAAGGGAUGCACACCACUGUCUUCAUCGUCCUCCGCCUGCUCGUCGCCGCGCUCUUCCUCUCCCCGAUCGCAUACUUCAAAGAGAGGAAGAGUAGACCUAAGCUGACCAUGGAGAUAUUCGUCUACCUCUUCUUCAGUGCCUUGCUCGGAGCCUCUCUGAUCCAGUGGCUCUUUUUCCUGGGCCUGAGGUACACGACGGCCACGUUCGCGAGCGCCUUCAACAACACGACUCCCAUGUUCACCUUCCUCCUCGCACUGGCCUUCAAGGUCGAGAAGAUCGAUGCCGCCAGCCGCUCCGGUGCAGCCAAGCUCACCGGCACGGCCGUGGGGCUGGCCGGAGCGACGGUGCUGGCACUCUACCAUGGCCCGACCCUGGUGGGGGCGCCGUCGGGGGACCACCUAGCCGCCGCUGCCACCCACGGCGGUGCGCGGAGGUGGGCGGUGGGCUCGGUGGCGUUGCUGGGCUUCUCGGCAAGCUGGUCGCUGUGGUUCAUCCUGCAGUCCAAGAUCGGGACAAAGUACCCGGCGCUCUACUCCGGCACGGCGUGGAUGUUCCUGCUCAGCUUCUUCCAGAUGGCCGCCGUCGGGGCUGCCACCGAGAAGAUGAGCUUGCUGGUCUGGGUUCCCCGCACGGCGCUCCAGGCCGUCACCGUGGUGUUUGCUGGCGUGGGGUCGUCCGGGCUGGGGUUCCUGGCCAUGUCAUGGUGUGUGGAGCGGCGAGGGCCGGUGUUCACCACGGCCUUCAUGCCGCUGAUCCAGAUCGUCACCGCCGGGAUCGAUGUCGCCGUCCUCCACGAGCAGCUCCACCUCGGGAGUGUCGUCGGGUCGGCGGUCGUGGUCGUGGGGCUCUACUUGGUCCUGUGGGGAAAGAGCAACGAGGCGAGCAUCGGAUCCAAACUCCCUCCUCCAUCACUUUCCAAGCCCGAUUGGGAUAUACCAGAAGAAACAGAGAAUCGUACGUAGUUCAAGGAUUGUUCAGAGCGUGUGAUCGAUGAGCAGCCCGAGCAAGGAGGCAAGGAGAUUAAUUAAGCACACGGUGCACGAUUUUAUUUUAUUUUACUUUAGUAGGUAGGCUAAUGGAAAUAAUUCACGCUUAAUUUUCGACAGAAUAAACUCUCUUACACCCAUAUGAUGCUGAAUCUCAGCCACCAAAUACCCAUAAGUAGAAUACCGAAGACUAUCCCCUUUCAAUGCCAUGAAUGCUUCUGAAGAGUUAGUCUAAACAAUAACAGGCCCCUCACAAUGCUCAUUAGCAAGGGCCAUGCCUUGCAUUAGAGCAUGUAGUUCAGCUUCUAGGGCGUCAUUGCAGUUGAAAAUACACCGAUACGCCGCAAAGAUGACGCUGCCGUCACUUCUUUUCAGCACCAUCCCCGCUGUUGCUGAUCCAUCAGCCCCCAAGAAAGCUCCGUCGACA